AUGACAGCACAAGAUUCGUACAACGAGAUGCUGAAAAAGGUACUAGAAUCUGUCCAGGAAAAUCUGGAUAGAUUGACUAGUGAAGCAAAAAGAACGAAUGAUAGGCACGAAAAAACUAUGAAAAUCCUAAGGGAGAAUUUCAGCCCAACAGCUCCGAGAAGAAGAGGAAGAACAGAAAACACAAAUCCAAGCCGCCGAGAGACAAGGGAAGAAAAUAACAGAAGCAGGGAACCUAGAAAUGGAGGAAAUGAGGAAAGAGACGAAACGAGAAACCGACGGGAGAAUGGAAACAGAAGUGACGAAGAAAGCCCAGGCAAUCAAAAUAAUGGAAAAAACAAAUCCAACGAGCAAUCCCCUGAAACACCCAGAAAUGAGCAAAACCAAGACGAUGCCCGAAGCGGGUUAAACUCAAAAAGAGAAGAACGAAGGGAGAAGGAGAAAGAAGAUGCCCCACCAAAAAGCAAGUGA